AUGCUAAUCACAAAAUAAAUGGGAAAUCAAAACAAUGUGACAGAGUUCAUACUUUUGGGUCUUACAGAGAACUGGCACUUGCGGAAAUUGUUCUCUGCUGUGUUUCUAUUCAUGUACGUGAUCAUGGUGCUGGGAAAUGUGCUCAUCAUAGUGACCAUGAUCACAAGUCAGAGUCUGAGAUCACCAAUGUACUUUUUCCUCACUUUUUUGUCCCUUUUGGAUAUCACCUAUUCUUCUGUCAUUGCCCCCAAAUUGAUUGUAGACUCAUUUUCUAAACAUACAACCAUCUCCUUUGAAGGCUGCAUGGCUCAGCUCUUCGCAGAGCAUUUCUUUGGAGGUGUGGGGAUUAUUCUUCUCAUUAUGAUGGCCUACGAUCGCUAUGUGGCCAUUUGUAAACCUCUUCACUACAGAACCAUCAUGAGUACUCAUAUGUGCUGCAUGCUUUUGGGAGGUGCUUGGGUAGGGGGGUUUGCACAUGCAACCAUUCAGCUUCUAUUCAUUUAUCAAAUACCUUUCUGUGGUCCCAAUGUCAUAGAUCACUUUAUAUGUGAUUUGUUUCAGUUGCUGACAUUGGCCUGUAUGGACACCCAGACCCUGGGUCUCAUUGUCAUCUUCAACAGUGGGGUGAUGUGUAUGGCCAUCUUCCUUAUUCUAAUUAUCUCUUACAUAAUUAUCCUAUGUUCUCUAAGGACUCAUAACUCUGAAGGGCGACAAAAAGCUCUCUCCACAUGUGGUUCUCACUUCACAGUGGUUGUAUUGUUUUUUGUGCCAUGUAUUUUCUUAUAUGUGAGGCCUGUGUCUACCUACCCCAUAGACAAGGCCAUGGCUGUGUCAGAUUCAAUUGUCACACCCAUGCUGAAUCCUUUUGUCUACACAUUGAGGAAUUCAGAGAUGAAAAAUGCUAUGAAGAAACUUUGCAGAAAACAAGGAUCAGCAUUUGGAUUUUUACCUUUAGUUUUCCAAUAUUCUCUUUCUUUGCCUUUUCCUUUCAGCACUAUAAAUGGACAAGGGAGCUUGUGA